AUGGCCAUGAAAAAUCAUACCAGGGUGUCUGAAUUUAUUUUUUGUGGACUUACCCAGUCUCAAGAGCUGAGCUUGCUCUUAUUUUUCUUUUUAUCUGUAGUUUAUGUAACAACUGUGUUAGCAAAUGUUGCCAUCAUGGUCACCGUGACCUGUGAGUCCCGCCUUCACAACCCCAUGUACUUCCUGCUCCGCAAUCUCUCAGUCUUGGACAUCUGCUUCUCCUCCAUCACUGCUCCCAAGGUCCUCGUGGACCUUCUGUCAAGGACAAAGACCAUCUCCUUCAACGGUUGCAUCACUCAGAUGUUCUUCUUCCACCUUAUCGGUGGGGCAGACCUUUUUUCUCUCUCUGUCAUGGCCUUUGAUCGCUACAUGGCCAUCUCCAAGCCCCUGCACUACGUGACCAUCAUGAGUAGGGGGCGAUGCACUGCCCUCAUUGUGGCCUCCUGGGUGGGGGGUUUUGUUCACUCCAUCGUGCAGAUUUUCCUGUUGCUGCCCCUCCCCUUCUGUGGACCUAAUGUCGUUGCUGGCUUCUACUGCGAUGUCCCCCAGGUCCUCAAACUCGCCUGCACUGACACAUUUGCUCUUGAGAUCUUAAUGAUUUCCAACAACGGUCUGCUCACUACCCUGUGGUUUGUCUUCCUCCUUGUGUCCUACACAGUCAUCUUGAUGAUGCUGAGGACUCACGCUGGAGAGGGCGGGAGGAAAGCCAUCUCCACCUGCACAGCCCACAUCACUGUGGUGACUCUGCACUUUGUGCCCUGCAUCUAUGUCUAUGCCCGGCCCUUCACUGCCCUCCCCAUGGACAGAGCUGUCUCCAUCACCUUAACGGUCAUCAUCCCUGUCCUGAACCCCAUGAUCUAUACCCUAAGGAACCAGGAGAUGAAGUCAUCCAUGAGGAGACUGAGGAGAAGACUUAUGUUUUCUGAAAGGGGAUAA